UGCUUUCUGGAUAGUUUGGAUGGGUAAAGCAGUACGGCAUUGUUAUCGCGCUUGUCAAGUAGCGUAGAGUGCUCGGACAAAUAUAAGUUGGAAAUAUCCUAUACACAAAUAUAUAGAAUGGACUCGGAUACGGAUUCGGAUAGGGAGAAGAGCAGUGAUCCGAACGAGGAAUUGCUUAGCAGUGAUGAAAAAACCUUUCACGAUGAUGUCGAUGAGGAUUCAUCGCCAGAUGAUGAUAAUGAUAAUGACGAUGAUGAUGAGAACUCCUCCGAUGUGCCAAUAUUGCAAGUCGAUGAGACCCAAGAACAAUUGCUGGUGGUGUUAAUGCAAACAGAAACGGAAGCCCUACAAAUGCAGCAGCAGCAACAGCAGCAACAUGAGCAAGAAAUCGAUGUUCAAGUCGAUGUCAUGACUGUGUCUGAUGAGCAGCAGAUUGACACCAUUGAAGUUGCAACUGCCACCGAGCAAAAACAGCCUCUUUUGGCCAAAUACAGCGAGAGUGUGCGCGAAUCCGUUGAAUGUUUCUAUUCGGCACAAGAUCUGCUCGAAUAUGGACACAUGUUAUCCUCAUCGGCCGAUCAGCGUACACCCGAUGUCGAGUCAGGGUACUUUGAUAAGUCCGAGAGUGAUGAUAUCUCCCGUGAGGAGUUUGAGGCAAUCUCCUCUAAUUUGCGUCGUCCCAAAGGAUCCCAAUUGGGACAUGAUUUGGGAAGUGCAGCGCCGAGCAGCUCGGAGAGUCUGCGCAUCGAGUUGAGUCGCUAUUGCAGCUCCCUGGAGGCCUUUGAAAGUCAGAGAAACGAGCUAGAAGAGCCACAGGAGAGAACAAGCCUCCUAGAGGGAGGGCAGCUGGAGAAACAGAGAGAAACUGGCGAAGAAUUGACAAUGGAUGAACAAUUCGUUGAUACACAAAAAGCUCAUCGAGCUCUUGAACUGCUUGAAGACUAUCAUGCACGGCUGUCGGAGCCACAGGAUCGUGCCCUGCGUAUUGCAAUCGAACGUGUCAUCCGCAUUUUCAAGUCUCGCUUAUUUCAGGCCUUGCUAGAUAUACAAGAAUUCUAUGAAUUAACAUUAUUGGAUGACUCGAAAAGCAUACAACAAAAGACCGCCGAAACUUUGCAAAUUGCGACCAAAUGGGAGAAGGAUGGACAGGCCACUAAGAUAGCCGAUAAUCAACGCAUGCGCAUCGAGUCAGACUGUGAGAAUGCCAAAGAUGCCACAGCCGAUGAUGCGGCGGUUCAACAAUUGCGCAACACGCGCCAACCGCCACAGCAACAACAACAACAACAACAGCAGCAACAAGUGGUUCAACAGUUGCAACAACAGCAGCAGCAACAACAACAGCAGCAACAACAACACCUUACGCAAUCACAGUCCGCAACAACUCGUAGUGGGACUCAGAUAGUGAAUGGCGAUGAUAGUUGGUAUUAUGAGGACAUUCAACUGGAGCGUGGCAACUCUGGAUUGGGCUUCUCAAUUGCCGGUGGCACUGAUAAUCCCCACAUUGGCACCGACACAUCGAUAUAUAUAACGAAAUUGAUUCCGGGCGGCGCAGCAGCUGCUGAUGGACGUUUGAGCAUUAAUGAUAUCAUUGUGUCUGUUAAUGAUGUAUCCGUUGUGGAUGUGCCACAUGCAUCUGCCGUAGAUGCCCUCAAAAAGGCCGGCAAUAUUGUCAAAUUGCAUGUGAAGCGAAAACGUGUCGCAAGUGCAAGUGCAAGUGCAACAAAUGCCACAACUGCUACCACAGCUGCCACAGCUACCGCCGCCGUUGCCUCAUCAACUGAUGUUCAAGAUAGCGGCAGUGCAACAACGACGGGGCCAAAGGUCAUUGAAAUUGAUUUGGUCAAAGGUGGCAAGGGGUUGGGCUUCUCAAUUGCCGGUGGCAUCGGCAAUCAGCACAUACCUGGCGACAAUGGCAUCUACGUGACAAAGCUAAUGGACGGCGGAGCGGCCCAAGUCGAUGGUCGUCUCUCCAUUGGCGACAAGCUCAUUGCGGUUCGCACUAAUGGGAGUGAAAAGAAUCUGGAGAAUGUUACGCAUGAAUUGGCUGUGGGCACGCUCAAGUCAAUCACUGAUAAGGUGACAUUGAUUGUUGGCAAAACACAGCAUUUAACCAGCAGUGCAUCACAAUCGGGCGGAGGCGUCGCAUCCAGUUUGAGUGGCAGCCAACUUGGCCAACAGUCGCAGGCACACUCACAAUCGCAAUCACAAUUGUCAACCACAGCAGCAGUAGCAGCAACAGCAACAGGAACAACAACAUUAACACGACAGCAGCAGGAAUCAACAGGUGCGCUUAACAAUGUUGGCCAGACAGCAUCAAUGUCAGUCACAGACUCAGUCACAGCUAUCAUCACAACUAGCAACUCCACCAUCACCACCAACACCAUCACUUCCAAUACUACCACCAACAACAUCACCAACACCACCAACACUUUCACCAAUUUAAUCUCAGUCAGCAACAACAACAACUGCAGCAGCAGCAACAGCAACAUUAAUAAUAACAACAACAACAGCAGCAGCAACAACAGCAGCAGCAGCAACAAUCACAACAACAACUUGGCUGCAGCUACAGCUACAGCUAUCACAACACAACUACCACCACAACAACAACAGCAACAGCAACAACAACAACAGCAACAGCUACCCCAAGCACCCGCCUCAGCCUCCGCUCAUAAUGCUAAGCUUGCAAUGCCAAGUGCCGAUUUCAAGCGUUCCCAAUCACCCUUGCCAAGGCAGCCCGGCUCAAGAUAUGCAUCGACGAAUGUCUUGGCGGCCGUGCCACCGGGUACACCUCGCGCAGUCAGCACUGAGGAUAUAACCAGGGAACCACGCACGAUUACCAUACAGAAAGGACCUCAGGGCCUGGGCUUUAAUAUUGUGGGCGGCGAGGAUGGACAGGGUAUCUAUGUAUCGUUCAUAUUGUCUGGCGGUCCCGCGGAUCUUGGAUCCGAGUUGAAACGCGGCGAUCAAUUGCUCAGUGUAAACAACGUGAAUUUGACGCAUGCCACGCACGAGGAAGCGGCCCAGGCACUUAAAACGUCUGGCGGCGUUGUUACUUUGGUGGCACAAUAUCGACCCGAGGAUUACAAUCGUUUCGAGGCGCGCAUUCAGGAGUUGAAGCAACAGGCGGCGCUUAGCGCUGGUGGCUCUGGAACUCUGCUUCGCACCACACAGAAGCGAUCGCUUUAUGUGCGAGCUCUGUUUGAUUAUGAUCCAAAUCGUGAUGAUGGCUUGCCAUCACGCGGCCUGCCCUUUAAGCAUGGUGACAUUCUCCAUGUGACAAAUGCUUCCGACGAUGAAUGGUGGCAGGCACGUCGCGUCCUUGGCGACAAUGAAGAUGAGCAAAUUGGUAUUGUGCCAUCGAAACGGCGCUGGGAGCGUAAAAUGCGUGCACGUGAUCGCAGCGUCAAGUUCCAGGGACAUGCGGCGGCAAAUAAUAAUCUAGAUAAGCAAUCAACAUUGGAUCGCAAGAAGAAGAAUUUUACAUUCUCACGCAAGUUUCCGUUCAUGAAGAGUCGCGAUGAGAAGAACGAAGACGGCAGCGAUCAAGAGCCAAAUGGAUUUGUAAACAGCAACAGUGAAAUCGAUGUUAACAAUGUUAACAAUAAUCAAGCGAAUGAACCGCAACCUUUUAUGCUUUGCUACACACAAGACGAUGCCAACGCUGAAGGAGCUUCCGAGGAGAACGUGCUGUCCUAUGAGGCCGUGCAGCGUUUGUCCAUCAACUACACACGUCCCGUCAUAAUACUGGGACCACUAAAGGAUCGAAUUAACGAUGAUUUAAUAUCCGAAUACCCGGACAAGUUCGGCUCCUGUGUGCCACAUACUACGAGACCAAAACGCGAAUAUGAGGUUGACGGUCGGGAUUAUCAUUUUGUGUCGUCGCGCGAGCAAAUGGAGCGUGAUAUACAGAAUCAUCUGUUCAUCGAAGCUGGCCAAUACAAUGACAACUUGUACGGCACAUCUGUGGCAAGUGUGCGCGAGGUGGCCGAAAGGGGCAAGCACUGCAUAUUGGAUGUAUCGGGCAAUGCAAUUAAGCGUCUUCAGGUUGCUCAACUCUAUCCGGUUGCCGUUUUCAUCAAACCGAAAUCAGUAGACUCUGUCAUGGAAAUGAAUCGUCGCAUGACUGAGGAGCAGGCAAAGAAGACAUAUGAGCGUGCUAUUAAAAUGGAACAAGAAUUUGGCGAAUACUUUACGGGCGUUGUACAAGGCGAUACAAUUGAGGAAAUUUAUAGCAAAGUAAAAUCAAUGAUUUGGUCACAGUCGGGACCAACCAUUUGGGUACCAUCGAAGGAAUCUCUAUGACCAACAGCCACAACAACAUGGACACUGCCGCCUCGAGUACGUUGUCGACCUGUCUCGAGAACACCAAACACCACAACAACAUCAGCAACAAAUCAGCCGCAACAGAAAACGUCGCACUGAUUCACCACAACAGCAACAACAACAACAACAUCAACCACAACCGCAACCACAACAACAAUGCCGAUGACCAUGAUAACGACAACAGCAAAAAACCAGAACAGCCAACACGAUGUUGUUAAAAAUUAGUUGGUUAUUAUUAUAAAUUUAGUUAAGAAUCAUUUCGAAUCCCAACAAAUCUACUUAUAUAUAAGUACUUAAGGGAUUCUAGAUUCUUGUUAUAUGGACAAAGCUGUUCCAACUGAAGCGGCGGCUGUUUAGUUUUAGUUAGAACAAAAUUGAUAACAAAGAAAAGAAAAACUGAAGCAUAUUAAUAAU